AUGUUCAGAUGGUGUCCAUCGCGGUAUCAAUAUGUGCGGGGCCCAUUAACCACGCUUCCGCGAACAACAAGGAAGCGUAUUCCGCGUGUAGACAUUCUGUCGAACCAGGGAGACUCAGCUGCGAAAGCUGUUUCUCGACUCAAAUCUUUGUUGGCUUCAAAUGCAUCUCCAGUCGACGCGUUGGCUUCAGUGCAGGCUUCACUUGAUCCCGCCACAUUCGACGAGUGCUGUAUAGCCACUGCUUCCUCAUUGGCUUCCGAAAGCACACCUUUGACGGAAUGGGUGCAAAUUUUUGAGCGCAAGCUCGAUCUGGGUACCAGGCUUCGCCCUCUGCUUCGCGCGAUGGAGCUUCCUCGAGCAGAUCACAGCCUUCCAGCACUCGAAAUUCUUGCCCAGCAGAUCCCUGGCUAUCCCAGCGACAACUACUAUGAGCUUUAUGACUCAAUGAGUGAGUCCGAGCGAAAAGAGUUUGAUGCAGCUGCCGAAAAAUUCAACUUAUCACGAGAAGCCCAGUUGGAGAACCCUCUAGCCGUGCCCCAGGAGUUGGAGUUUCUGAUGCAAAGGUGGAAAAAAGCCUUGAAAUUCCAACAGAUCAAUGGGUUCGAUUGUUUAUCUAUCAUUUCAGACCAAAUCCCCGCAAUUGUCGCUACUGUUUUGGUGAGAAUGACCGCUCAAAUGCUGUCGACCCGGUUUCCCCAGAGCUUGACGUCCCUGUGUCGUCGAACAGGCUUUGAAAUUGAGGCACACCUUCUAAAGGAAGUGGCCAAACGAAAUAAUCUCAAAGCUGUGUACGCGAGAUCUCACUAUUUAUGGGCAUUACUCGGUGCUAAACGGUGGACUGCCAAAGACCAUAUCAGUGUUGGCUCAGUCUACAUUCGACAAGCAUUGCACAAGUGCACGAUAGAUCAAAGAAACCCGCAUGCACCAGGGAAGUCGGAGCGCCCUGCAUUUUGGAACACUUUUUUUAUGGAAGGCAAAAACAAGCGGGGCAUUGUUAAAAUCAACCCCGCGCUGUCUCUCCUUGUUCCACACAUCCAACCAGACUCCUUCUCACAUCUACCAAUGCUUAUUCCCCCGAGCCGUUGGAGAACCUUUCGAGAUGGAGGAUAUAUUCUGUCCAAGGGCCAAACUUUUCUCCCAGUUGCAAACAGUCAAGCAAAUGAGCAGCGAGUCCAUGUCGAUGACGCGUUAAAGACAGAUUCAAUGGCGAAGAAUCUCGAUGGACUCGAAAGUUUAGCAAGCAGAGAAUGGGCGGUGAACGGCAGAGUUUUGGAGGUUGUCAAAGCGAUGUUCGAGGCCAAAACACACCUAAGCGACUUGCCUGCAGCUGAUGAUAAACCAGAGACAAUAUUCGAGCGCUCUCAGUAUGAAAACGCUUUAAAAAUUGCCAAUUCUCUGGCGGCCGGCCAAAAAUUCUGGCUACCACUUUACCAAGAUUUUAGAGGCCGAGUGUAUCCCAUGGUGGGCUCCAAGUUUUCGUUCAUGGGCAGCGAUAGCAUGCGGGCAUUAUUUCAGUUCUGGAACAGCAGAAAACUGGGAGCCCAGGGGCUGGACGCAUUAUACAUUCACCUAGCGAACGUUUACGGCAAAGGAACUGCUACCACCUACGAACGUCGUAUCGAGUGGGCCAAGUCUUGUCUCGAGGACAUUCGACAGAGCGCUGCCAAGCCACUGACGACAAGUUGGUGGCAAACGGCAUCCAAACCAUUCCAGACUCUAGCUGUUUGCAUCGAAAUUGAUAAAGCUCUGUCAAGUCAGGACCCUGCUAACUUUUCCAGUCAUCUGGCUAUAGUCCAAGAUGGGACCUGUAAUGGCCUGCAGCACUAUGCAGCGCUCUGUUACUCCAAAGAAGGUGCACAUGCAGUUAAUAUGACAUCUGAAAAAGACCCUCAGGAUUUCUACACCAAGCUUGCAAAAUCCAUCGACAGGGAAGGGAUAAACACUGAACGAUCUUUUGUCAAGCAAGCCGUCUUUGCAAGCGUCUAUGGCCAGAGCUUGUCGCCGGCAACUAAGGUAUUGCAUAAGGACCUUAAAGUACCCUCUACACCCGAGGCUACUGAAACUGAUGAAACUGAUGUUAACGAAUUCAAAGGAAAAGCAAGAAGAACCCGCCAGCUCCUAGCUCGUGCUAUUGCAAAAGAAACGGCCGAUGUGUCAAGCGUGCAGAGCUGGCUCAAACGAAUGGCUCAACGAAUACUCAUGGCAAGAAGAGCUGAUAUACCAGUUGGAACUGCCUCACUCAAAUGGACAACACCUUUGGGGCUUCCAGUUGUUCAAGCCUACGGCCGUAGCGAGCUCAUGGCCAUUCGCACGCCAUUGCAAGCAUUUUACAUACAGUCACCAUUUCAUCCAGUCACGACAGACAAGCUGAAACAACUUCGCGCACUACCUGCCAACUAUAUUCACAGUUUGGAUGCCGCACACUUGCUUUUGACUGCCACAGCGAUGAGAAAAUCGGGUCAUGAGAUCGCAGCUGUGCAUGAUGGGUUCUGGACACACGCCGGUACAGCUCAUCACUUGGCCAAGAUUCUACGCGAACAAUUUGUCGCUCUCCACAGUACUAGCCAACUGGAAGCACUGAAGAACGAAUGGGAAAAAAUCUACGCGGGAUACAUGGUAUGCGUUGAUGUGCAUGCUUCCUCGGAGGCGUAUGAUGCUCUACAGCGCUGGCGCUACGGAGCGCUGCUCAAUGGGGCCCGCAAAAAGCCCAAGGUCGAUCUUGAAGACGAACUGAUUCAAGAAUACAACAAAAUCCAGAGCGGAUCUAACGUGAAGACUGCUUCGGAUAUCGUCAAAGAAACUAAUGAACCGAUCGACUGGAGCAAGAACACGUCGCCGCGAAUUGGACACGGACAUACUCAUAAAACUCAAGCGUGGCUACCAUUAGAGUUUGAUCCACCGCCGCGAGGAACAUUUGACAUUCGGCACGUGAUCGACGCUGACUAUUUUUUUACGUGA